AUGAUUAUUUUUAGAAAGUUCUGCUAUAGGUUUGCCUAAACCAUAUAAGAAUCCUAAUAGCAAAUCUUUAAAUAUUCUAAUCCAGAUAAUAUUCCCACCAAAAUGGUUUUAAAAAACAUUGCUCUGUCUGAUUAGUUUUCAAUCUAAUAACUUUCAAUUUUGACUGAUAUAGAUUAAAAAGAACUAAUUCGAACUAUUAAUCAAUUUUCAAAAUAACCUAUUAAUUAUACUAAAAUUACAAAAGAACUUAUAGAACCUAUUUUACCAUUAUAUAAUUUAAGCUCUUAAAAAGAAAGUCCAAUAACUAGACCUCCUAUAGUAACUAUAAUGGGACAUGUUGAUCAUGGAAAAACAACAUUAUUAGAUAGACUUAGAAAUUCAAAUAUUGCUGAAGGCGAAGUGGGGGGAAUUACUUAGAAAAUUGGUGCAUUUCAUGUUAAAGUUGGAGAUAAUUAAAUUACAUUUAUAGAUACUCCAGGACAUGAAGCAUUUUCUAAUAUGAGAUAAAGAGGAGCUGAAUUUACUGAUAUUAUUAUUUUAGUUGUAUCUGCAGCAGAUGGAGUAUAACCAUAAACUAAAGAAGUUAUUUAAAUUGCAUCUUAAUUAAAUAUACCUAUUAUUGUUGCUAUUAAUAAAAUUGAUGUACCUAAUAUCAAUCCUGAAGAUAUUGAAUUAGAAUUAUUAGAAUGUGGACUUGAUCUUGAAACUUAAGGUGGCAAUAUUCCAGUGGUACAUAUCAGUGCAAAAACUGGUAAGAAUAUUGAUUUAUUGUUGGAAUUAAUACAAUUUUAAGGUGAGUUAUUAGAAUUAAAAGCUGAUCCAAAUGUUCCUGCUUAAGGAGUUGUAUUAGAAGCAAGAUAGGCUGAAUUAACUGAAGAAAGAGGUUCAACAAUUAUAGUGUAAAAAGGAAGUCUUAAAAUUAAUGAUUUGAUUGUUGUAGGCAAUCAAUAUGGAAAAGUCAGAUAAAUGAGAGAUGAUAGAUCUAACCUUUUAUAAAUUGCAGGACCUUCAAGUGCUAUUGAAAUUGUAUUUAUAAUUAUAUUCUAUCUCAUUUAGAUUGGAUUAAAAGAGGUUCCUUAGAGUGGUUCUAAAUUUUUUGUUGCAAAAAAUGAAUUAAUCGCUUAAUUGAUUGUUAACAAAAGAAAAAAAGAAGCAGAACUCAAAUUACUCUAAAAUGCAUAAAUUAUUGAUGGAUCUUUUGGAAAGAUUUCAUUUCAAAAUAAACAUGAAAAAAGAGAUAUUUAUGGAGAUUCUACACUUCUUAUAGAUAAAUAUAAAGAAAUUUAAAGUAUCUUAAGAGAAGAAAUUGAUAAAACUGAUAAUCCAGAAAUUAAAGCAGUUUUAGUAGAAAAACUAAGGUAACAUGAAUUAUUCUCAUCUUAAAUGAUUAAUAUUGCACCAGAUACAUAAGUAUUAAAAUUGGUGAUAAAGGGUCAAGAUUUCGGGACUUUGGAAACCCUAAUAAAAUUGGUGAAUUAAUUAAAGGAGAAAGAGAAUGCUGAAAUAUUAAUACUUUCAUCAGGAGUAGGAGAUGUAACUUAGAAGGACUUUAAAGAUGCUUAAUUAUUUGGGGCAACAAUAAUUACAUUAAAUUCAAAUGUGCCAAAUGAUAUAAUAAGAUAAGCUUAGUUAGAUAAAGUUGAUAUAAUUUAACAUUAGAUUAUCUAUCAUUUAAUCGAUGAUUUAAAAACUUUAGUAACUGCUCCUAGAAAUGCUAAAGUGAAUGUAAUAGGUACAGCUAAAGUGUAAAAUAUUUUUGAUGUAAAAUUGAAAGGAUAAUCUAGAAAGAUAUAUGGAUUAACUGUUACUCAUGGUAUAUUGAAUAAAAAAUGUAGAGUAAGAAUAUUGAGAGGUGGAAAGGUUUUCGCAUCAGAUUUAGAAAUAGCAAAUUUAAAGCAUUUUAAAGAGGAAGUAGAUCGUAUUGAAUCAGGGAAAGAUUGUGGAUUAUCAAUAAUAUCAAAUGUUGAAGUGAAAAUUGGAGAUGAAUUUGAAUGUUAUAAAAGUUGA